AUGCUAAAGAAUUUCGUCCCAAAGAGAACUGCUUUUGGUUUAACUCGUUUUUAUCACCCAAAUCCAAAGGAGUACGUUCCUCAGCUUACUUUACCACCUUUGCUAUACGGCAAGGAUUCAAAACAAUAUAAAAUACUCUCUCAUUCUCUAGAUGUCUCGGUGCCAGAGUUUGGCUUUAAUGAAAGGGCUAUAGUUAACUCAAUUAAUCUAUUGGGUUACCCAUCUUCCAUACUGUCAGUCAUAGGCUCUUCAAAUACUCCUUCGUUCUUACACUCUUCCACUGCUUUAAUGGAAUUGUUAAAAUUCAAUUUAGUAGCGAAGAGAUACCAAUUAUCGGAGGAUAUACCUUUAGACACUCCUGUUGAGGAAUUACCUUCUCUAGAAGAUCUAUUAAUUAAGAGAUUGAAAAUGGACGUCCCGAUCGGACCUCAUCUAUCUCAAUUGAUCGCUCAAUUAUCCAUUCCAGGUCCUUUCUUGACUGACACUUCUUUGCCUGAAUUACAUAGAUUAGCUGAUGACAUGAUUUAUUUCUCAAGUGAAAAAGAUCAUCCUGACUUUGCCUGGUACGCUAAAAGAAUGGGAGUCUCAACCGCCUACAUGUCAAGUAAAUUAUUCAUGGCUCAAGAUAGAUCACCAGGAUAUGUCGAUACUUUUGAAUUUGCCAAAGAUAAGUUAAAACGCAUUAUGAAAUUAGGUGAUUAUUACAAUAACGCCGAAGAAUACGCUUGGUACGUUUUAAUGAAUUCUAUUAACAUGGCAAAAUCAAAAGCUGCUAGAGGUUGA